AUGCUUGUGCACUCUGCACUCGCCCUCACGCUCGUUUCAACCCUCGCUGGCCCCGUUCUCGCUCGCUCACCGCACGGAGCGCCCGCACCUCACCUUCGUGCCCGCGCCGAAGCUUCGACACCGACUGCCAGCACGCACGCACAGACUAGUCGUGUGGUUGCCGGCGCUGCUACCACCGCAGCAGCCAGCGCGACAGUCACCGCCGCAGCGACGAAGAAGGCCGCCGCCGCCGAAGGAUCCCCUCUUCCCCUCACCCAGUACACCUACGCCUACAGCGACAUCCCUUAUCUCGUCAACCCCUACAAGUCAGUACGAGGCCCACAAUCAGGCUACAACAUCUGCAACUCGACGACGUCGGGCGACUCGUCGCAGUGCCAGACCCUGAUCGCCAACGACAUCCAGGACUUCUGCCUUUGGGGAUCGUCCUUGACCGGCGAUGGCCUCGACACCAUCGGCGACAUCGAGGCUGCCGUCGUCGCGUACUGCACGACGGACAAGCACGGCGCGCGCGUCAUCAAGCCUGGCGCAAUCACAGGCGUCCAGGUCCUCAAGACACCGGCGUACAUCCAGUGGACCGGCUUCAUCGACCAGACGGCGCUUCACUUGACCAAGGACGACACGGGAGGCGAGCUUGACCCGCACGGCGCCGACCUCCAAGGCAACCCUCUCGGCGGUCUUGUUUACUCGACAGGUCUUCCCUCUGGCGACAACCAGACUUACCUGCAGGCCGUCGAGUGGAACAACUUCAUCGGCGGCGGCGUCUUCUGCCUCAAGCUCUGCGACCCGGCCUACUACGCCAAACACGGCGACCAAUUCUUCUGCCAGAACCGAUUCGAUCGCAUUGGAUGCUCCUACAACAUGCCCGCCGCCUAUCGCGGCGGCGAAUUCAGCGUCUGCGACUCGGAGCUUCAAGACAUCGUCGGCGUUUACACUGAGAACGGACAGGUCAAGACGUACUCGCAGGAGCCCGAGGGUACUGUGCCGGCUCCGCCAUACACGCCGCGCGUUCCCAAGUCGAGCAACUGCAAGACCUUUGCCUCGACCGAUCUCUGGGCGGCGCCCACCACCUCGUCCGCGUCCUCCUCGAUGUCGACCGGGCAGACCUCGUCGUCAGCUUCGUCCGCCGGCGUGACCGGCCACCCUGCCGCUGCGUCUGCUGGCUCGAGCGACUCGUCCAAGUCGACCACUGGCAACGGCGCGGCGUUCCUCGUCGCUUCGACCGGCUUCCUCGCGCUCGUCGCGGGCGCCGCCAUCGUCCUCGCCUAG